AUGGCGGCACUUGUCCUCACCACGGCCUCUGCCUCUGCCGCAGGGUCCGAAGCCUUUGCUGGCAUCGCGCUUUUGAUCUUAUCUUUCAUAACUCUCAUGGUCCUGAGAUACUACCUGCCUCUCCGAACGACACCGGCAUAUAUCUUAGUCCCCAUCUUCUUCGCUCUCUGGCUUCCCGCCUUCAUCGUACUACUGGUUCCCAUCGACCUCGCCUCGAGCGCUGCGACCGACGAUGAAGCUGCUAGAGGCAUUUGGUUUCCACCUCGCCUGCUCUUGGUGUCAUGGCGCAUCACAUAUUGGCUGACCUUUGUGCUGACGUGGUUCAUCCUCCCCAUCCUCGCCGAGUAUUCCGACGCGGGCUAUCGCGAGCCCAAGGACCGACUUUUGUACUCUCUACGCUCGAAUGCACAGUACCAUCUAAUGGUCAUUGGAUCCGGAGUUCUCGGACUUAUCUACGUCGUCUUCUCCUACGGGCUCUCACUAUUCUCUUUAAAGGGCUUGGUCAUGGCACUUGCUUACUGCUGGGGUCUGAUAUUGGCUAUCUACCUCAUGGGCCAUGGCUUGGUUUCGAUACCAAGGACGCUUAUUCGCAAUGCAAGCAUCCCUGGCAGAUUGCGCCGUCUCCAGACUCAUGCGCCGAAGCUCUACGAAAAGCUCGAAGACUCCUUGGGAAACUUGGAGGAGACAGAAGCUCAAAUUUCCGAACUGAGCAAGCGGAUGACGGGCAGCGCCCGCGGUUUUCGGGAUUGGAUUGAGGAACUUGCCGACAUGUGCAAUAUCCCCGAAGCUCGACCGAGUAGCAUCAUAUCCAGGAUAGGCACUGAAAGCCGGAACCUACCAACUGUCAUAACCGAGAAGUAUCUCGCCGACCUCACCAGACAGCUCUUUCGCCAGCGUCAUGCUAGGUCACGAUACAUCGAUGAAUGGAACCGUCUGCUAGAUGAAGCCGCCAAGACGCAGGCAAUCUUGGACUCCGCCGCUUCCAAGAAGCUAGACUUUGGCCGGGCGAGCCCACAAGCUUCCAUGUUGGGAAGAACCACAAUCCUCACACCAUAUACUCGGUAUCUGCUGCACUUCCACUUCAUGCCGGCACUCCGAAUCCUGUCUGGUGGCUUUUUCGCCUUAGCAUCGAUUUGCAUCAUCUGGUCGGAAUUGGUCAAAGCCGCCCUGCCAGAGCUCUCGGUCAUCCGUCUCACGGUAGUUCACCACUGGACAGGAGAAAAAGGUCAAGUAGGAUUCGCUGGUCAGGUCAUUGCUGCGUUCUGGAUAUUAUACAUGUGCACAGCUGCCCUGACAUCAGUGACCGAGGUAAAGGUGUGGAGAGGCCGUGCUCUUGUUCGACGCAAUACUGCCCACGAAUCGGCCUUCUGGUAUGCCAGUCAGGUGGCUAGGUUGAGCGUACCGCUUUCGUACAACUUCAUGACGUUCCUCUCCCCGACUAUCUACAAAGAGACGAUGUUCCAUGACUUUCUUGGAAAACUUAUCGUUCUUACUCCGCUUGGGAAACAGUUUGAUUAUCUCUUUCCCAUCCUCAUUUUGGUGCCAGUGUUGGCCACUCUGUUCGGACUGUAUGGAAGAGUAAAGCGCGUGUUCGGCUUCGACAUGGAACUCGUAAACGACGACGACGAGAAUGAGCGAGGCUAUGGCACAGGAUCAUGGCGUGAAGGCCGGGAUUUGAUUGAGCGCGAGCUCAACGGCGCUUCCAUUUCGAGACAAGCUCCCAUCUCAGGAAGGGCAGGUAUCGGCGGCACCCGAGCAGCGCCAGUUCUGUCGGUACCUCCGGCAAGAUCGCAAGGCGCACAAACACCAUUUGCGACAUCGGAGCCUUCAUAUCGUGAUAACCCUUCAUCGCGGGCAGGACCGUCAUCGAGAGCAGCAAGGUCCGAAGAACCUGAGGAUGAUAAUUUCUUUUCGAGCUUUCAACACCGUUUUAAGAAUACAGUCGACAGUAUUGAAACUCCUAAGUGGUUACAAGAGAUCGGAGAUGGCUUCAAAAAACCCAAGUGGUUUGGCGGCGAUGAUAAUGGCAACAUAAGACUAUGA